CUCUUUAUCGGAAUAGAAAGUCCCUUACUUGUAAGAGUCAAGGCGUUGGUCAGCACCAAACUCUCUCCAAGCUUCACCCUCGUGAAAAAUGGAUCAAGGCAGCCCACAACCAUUCGUAGAAACUCAAGACGAGCAGUAGGCGUUUGUGCGAUCACGACUUAUUCGACCGAGGGAACAACCCGUUGUGCAUGUACUCUCCUCGCCGCACGCAAACAACUCUUGUGUGGAUACUUGACUUCCAACAGAAACGACGUAAGAAGUAUUCUCUCGGCGAUAUUAACUUCAUUCACGGAGUGUCAUUCCCAACUGGCCUAGCUAAUCUGCCGUGUCAAGUCCCUACUUGAUAUUUCAAGAAAAAGCCCACAGUACAAUACGGAUUGAGCGCGGCCAUCAACCGUUUCAAUCUGGUUUUGUGGGGACUGAAGCAGGUCAUUGCACUAAUGCUGAGGAACUGACACAGGCAUAUACAGCAAUCAUCGAUCUAAUAGUUUGCCGGACUAAGCACAUGCGUAUUCACUACGGUGCGGGACUAGCAAACAACGUGUUGAACCAAGCACGCGCCGAAUACUGUUACGAAGGUCCUAUGACAAAAUCUUUUGCAGCCGUUAAUAAACGGCGGCACGACCUGCUCUUGGCUAAAGUGGCGGGCAAGGCGGCAGCGGAACAAGAAACUCAAGCCACAAUCACACCAGACAAUACAUCUGCGAUCACUUCUUUAGCAAUCCGGGUACGUAGAAAACUCAUGACUUGGCGCAAGGCAGGUGCUGGCCGUAUUCAGGCGAUAAAGUACGGAGUAUCGAUACCAUGGAACACAAACCAGCCCCCCUCUGAGCGAGUGCCAUGGGGGGGGGGGGGGAGGGGGGGGGGGAGGCGAUCCAUUCCAAACCCGGAAGUCAGCCACAUAAAUACUAACAUGGCUGACACGACCAGCCUCAGAACAGGUGAUUCGACUAGCGAGAUCAAAGGAGAUCGGUCGCAAUCGCAUCCACAACUCAUUCUUCAUUCUGAAGAGCGACCAACUUUGGGCUCGGGGCAUUUUCGCCCCGACCAUUAUCAACAACGGCAGCCGAACCCCGGAAUUCCGUAUGAAAGGGCUCGAUCGCCUCCACCUAGUCGCUCGAAAAGGGGACUACAUGACGUCAGCGGACAUAAAGGAUGGUUUCUAUGCUCUAAAGGUCAAGAAUCCGCUAGAUUGGCAAUUUUACGACAAAACUGAGAGACUAUGGUGUUAUCUAGUCCUGCCCAUGGGCGCUUCCUUCAGCCCCUAUUACUUCAACCUUCUCGUGCACGAUCUACGACAGUUUUGCAGGAAGAACGGAAUCCGACUAAUCAUCUACGCCGACGAUUUGCUUAUGCUGGGGAGCUUACACACGAUCGAAGUGCAAU